UUCUCAUGGCGAAGGUUUUAGACGACGCUGAGUUUUGCCUUCCGCCUCAUUUUCUAACCGACGAUGACUUUCUCGUGGACAAGAAAGAUGAGCUUGGUGGCUCCAAGCCUUUGUUUCCCUAUGAUUUUCAUUCCACCUUUGGGUUUUCUUUGGAUCUUUCUCCGGUUGACUCUCUGCUGUGUUCUACUGAAACAGAGACUGGCGAAGACGAUUCCCUUGCUGGGUUAACUCGUCAAAUGGCUCACUCUACUCUCCUAAAUGACCAUGCGUUUGUCUCUCAUAACUCCAACGCUUGGGUCUAUUCCAGUUCGCCUCAAUCGACCCUUUGUACAUUAAGGAACGGUUGCGGAUGCGAGCAAGGGUCUAUCCGUGGAAGCUUUAACUGUCAAUCUCGCUUUUCAUCAACGCCGGGAACGUGGAAUCUGCUGCAUGCGACGGCUGGGGAAAUCCAAAGGAUGCGAUUGCAUAAAGAAUCUUACGGUGGUUUCAACAAUAGAGGCCUCUUGGGUUCACCAGCAAGAAAACCUUGUCAAAAUAUUGAUUUCUCUGGCUUUUACUAUCCUCACCAGGCACACUCUCACCACAAGUUGCAGGCUGCUAAACUUCAGCAACUGAAGCAACAACAGCUGAUGAAACAACAAAACUUGUCGGCUUCGGGAGGACAUAAGCAGCACCAUUUCCAAAACAAAGGGAGGAAUGGUAAAGAUGAUUGGACUUUGGGUUUGUCUCCAGCUCGUCUGCAGCAGCAACCACAUCCUCAGAAGGGGUCGAGUAUGCGGGCUGUUUUCUUGGGCAAUCCAAUAGGUAAAAGGCAAUGUUCUGGAACGGGUGUUUUCUUGCCCCGUAGCCGCAGUAUUGGUAGUACCCCUGCUGAAUCCCGCAAGAAGACAACUAGAGUGUUUCAGGCCCUGAAUUUGAACCUUGAGGAGAUUGGUGCUCCACCAAAUCUUCAUUCUGGGUUUAACACAAGUUUCACUGCGGAUAGUGAUGUUGCUUUGAGUUUGGGAAUUGGUGGGAGUAAGAAGCAACGCGACUUUAGGCCACAACAAGUUAUCAGCAAUGAGGUCCGAUUCCCUCAAGAGUGGUUAUAUUGACUGACUUUAGGAAAUGGGGUGGAAGAAUAGAGGAUGACGGGUUAGGUAUUUAUAUGGAAAACAAUAAUUUUCUAGUUUCCAGCCAGAUUUUGGUCCAUUUAGUUGGAUUCAAGGGAAUCAAUAAGUUUUGAAAGUGAAAAGUGUUAAUGAAA